CUCAUUUGGAUCUUUGUGCUUAUUCGCUUUGACAACUUGUUUUUAUAUUUGCUGGGGAUGCCUUGUAUGGGUGCCUUCUGUAUAUACUUCACCUGACAUGUACCUGGUCAAUCAUCCCGUACACCUUGGAACUCAGCUGGCACUCUAUAUCCUAGUAGCAGGCAUUCUUUGCAUAUACAUUAACUACGACUGUGAUAGGCAAAGGCAAGAGUUUCGCAGAACAAAUGGCAAAGCUUUGGUUUGGGGUAAAGCUCCAUCAAAGAUAACUGCCUCUUACACCACCACAACCGGGGAAACAAAAAGCAACAUUCUUUUUACUUCAGGAUGGUGGGGAUUAGCUCGACAUUUCCACUACGUUCCAGAAAUAUCAGCUGCAUUUUUCUGGACUGUUCCAGCUCUUUUUGACCACGCAUUACCCUACUUUUAUGUGGUGUUUCUUACAAUCCUUCUCCUUGACCAGGCAAAAAGGGACGAUGAUCGGUGCCGAUCCAAGUAUGAAAAUUAUUGGAAAGUGUACUGUGAGAAGGUUCCUUACAGAGUGAUCCCUGGAAUUUACUGAGAAAAUGUUUGUUUUGUUCCAUGUUGAGAUGAGAAUAGCAUCAUCAUCAUCAUGUAUAUUCAUCCUUUCUAAAUGAAAUGAUGUUAGGCUGUUAUCAUGUUGUUGUUAUUAUUUUUGUAAUGGUCAAAUUUAUGGAUGAUGCUGCUGUUGUUGUAUUGCUCUCAUUUUUAAUGACCAAAAACUCUUCUCAUUU